CAGUAGAGUGGAAACUCAUCGCAAGUCUCUCAGUGCGUAUUUAUACAUUUUCACUUAAAACAACUUUGACUGUGAUUAUGACAAUGUGCUUCCGGUCUUUUCUCAUGUGAUUGAUGAUACUCGUUGAGGGGGUUGAGCCACACGUCCUCUGCUCUCAGGCAUCCACCACUGAUGUCUCAACAACCGCAGCAGACUCUGCCCUCCGCCCCUGACUCCCCCGCUCUGGUGGUCACCUCCAACGUGCAGAAAUAUGCCAUCAAGAAGAAGAAGGUGCUCAGUCCCGAGGAAGCGGAGCUGUAUGAACUGACCCAGGCUGCAGGACUCACUAUUGACCAAGAGGUGUUCAAGAUCAUAGUGGAGCUGUUGAAAAUGAACGUGGCUCCUCAAGCAGUCUGCCAGACACUGAAGGCCAUGUGUGCGGGUCAGAGAGUGGCCGACAGCUGCGGCGGAGAGUCUACUUCAGCUGCCUCCCACACCACCAUUACCACAGCCCCCACAGAGCCCAGAGAAGAGGACACUUUGGUCUCUGGAAAGAGCCCUAAGCCUCCUGCCGCUCCCCCUUCAGCGUCUGGCCUCAGAGCCACAAGGGUCAACACUAAGAUUGCGGUCUACGGCCCCCAAGACUCUAGCUCUCCUCACUCUCAAGCAGUGCGCAGUAAAGCUGGAGCGAGCCACAGCGACAAGAGCAGAGAGGGCCCAAGCCAGAGAGUGCAGCGGCAGCCCAGCGCCACCAGAGGGCAGAAGACCAAGAGCUCCGGCAGCAGCAGUUCCUCCUCUCAGAUCAAUUCCACAUGAGACCCAGUUCAAUGUGAGACCAUUUGUAAAUACCUUUCUUUGUGUUUAACUUAACUUUCUUUUUUACUGUGUAACCUGUUUAAAGGGUUGGUUUACCCCAACCAUAAGAAGCUGGUUUAUUUGUCUCUGCCUUAUUUCAAUGGAGCUGAACAGAACAGUUAGAAAUUUAAGAAAUUAAAACAUUUGUAUAUUCAGAAAUAAUCACCAGAUUAAUCCUCAGAUCUCAGUGUGCCAUUUUUCAUUUUCUGAUUCAACAUAGUUCCAAUGAUAACGCUUCACAUUGAGGUCUGUGAAUAGCCACAGAUAACUAAAAACCUUCAAAAAUGUUAAAUGCAGGACUAGAUAAUAGUGUUAAGUGAGAAAAUAUGGAACAUUUUGGGUAAACCCAUCCUUUAAAAUUCUAACAUAAUAAGAAAUAAGAAAGUUUUGAGUGUCUCCUACUCAUUAUUGUUAUGGCUGUUGCUACUUUAAGUGAGCCAAGCCUUUUGUCGCCUUCUAACAUGCAACAGGCUUAAAGAAAAAUUAUAAUGUUGUUAUUCAAUGUGCUGCUUUUUAUAAUUCUAUAAAUCUUUGAUAAAUCCAAUAAAUGAUAAACAUUC